AUGAGGGGACCAUUUUCUAUCGAGUGGAUGGCCAAAAGCAGCCGCGCCCAGGAGCUCGCCGGGACCCACGCCGACAGCCUGCCGGGCUUCUACGGGAGGCCCGCUUCUGACCACAAGCCGGGUUCCGAGGCAGAAUCCGGCAGCGGCGUUGAGGAGGAGACGUCUGGCUACGAGAGCGAGCGUUCCCCGUCGCCACCCGGCCGCCGGCACGACGUCAUCGCCGGCAGGAGGCCGCGCACGGCCUUCACGGCCGAGCAGAUCGGCAGCCUGGAGCGGGCCUUUGAGAGGAACGCUUACCUGGGAACGCACGACAAGGCGCAGCUGUGCCACAAGCUUAACCUCUCCGACAAGCAGAUCCGCAACUGGUUCCAGAACCGACGCAUGAAGCUGAAGCGGACGGUGCAGGAUGCCUUGGCCCAGGCCUCCCGCUUUGCGCCAUACCCUCCCGAGCUGCGGGCGUACCGGGCUGUGCCUUACCCCGGCCUCUGCUCGCCGCCGCCCUCGCGGACCGCCGCUUUCCCGCCAAACGGCGUCUGGUACGCCCCGCCCUUGGACUCGUUUUACCAAUACAGCGCUGGCGCUACGCCGGCGACCUCUCCUCUCACGGGCUCCUACUCACCGUACCCGCAAUACUACUGA